ACUCUCCUUCUCUUCUCACUCCCCUUUUCCCUGUCUGUGUUUCACGCACACGUACACGUACACGCAGACACCGCGUGGAUCACUUGCCAUGCAUGUGGAACCACGUAGCACCAGUUUUGGAUUGUGAGCAGCCUCACAAAGACAGCCGGAGCCUGUCAUGGAUCUUUUUGAACUGGACUUUUUCCGAGACUGGGAGCUUGAACAACCAUGCCAUUUGGAGUCAGAGCGCAGUGUCUUGAAAAGGAGAGAAUGGGAGAGGAGGACCCAGGAGGUCCAACAGGAUGAAGAUUUGUUCUCGACUGGAUUCAACCUGUUUGGGGAACCUUACAAAACUAAUAAAGGUGAUGCAUUGGCGAGUCGGGUCCAGAACACGCUUGGCUCCUAUGAAGAAAUGAAAGACCUGUUAACCAGCCAUUCAAACCAGAGCCACUUAGUGGGAAUCCCCAAAGGCAGCAGUGCCAACAACAACACCAUGCAAACAGCAACCACUUCAGCAGACGAGAGAGCCACGAUGGAGUCCCAGCUUUUCAAUGAGACCCUGAAUGGAGGCCCAGGAGUGGAGGGGGGAGGAGUGGAAGGAGGUGGGGGGAAAAAGAUUGCAAAUGCGUCCUUGGCAUCCUCAAAUUCCAUGCAACCUCCUGCAUCAACAACAACGUCAUCGAGUGUGCAGACAUUGCCACAUCAGAAUUCCAAAAAGUCCAGGAGCUCCACAGAGAGGGCAAAAGGAGGCCAUACACAGAGCACCCCGGCAACAGGCCUCCAUCUGGGGUUGGAGCAAGGCCAAGGUCAGGCUCCAGGAGCUGCAAAUGAAAGGGGGAAAGUGUCGAUGUUUGAAGAACAGCAACUCCAAAGGCAUGAUGAUCUUUUCAGCUCACUGAAAGAUGAAUUAGGUCUGAAAAGAGAUUUUAGCCCUUCUUCUUCAUCUUCAUCCUCCUCUUCCUCCACCUCCUCUGGGAGACGACAUUCUUCACACCCCACAAAAACUCUUCCUCUCUUAGAUAGUGGAAAUUAUCGAUCUUCUACCAUGGAGGCAGGUCAUUGCAAGUCGUCAGGCUCCCCACUAGAAAUUGAACCAAGCUCUCACCUCUCCUCAUCCUCGUCCCCGCUGGCUUCCACAUCACUUUUGUCAACACCUGUACCUGGUCUAACCACUCCCACAUCUACAUUCCCACUUGGUGGCCUAUCAGGGAAGCCGAUUGCAGUGCAGCAGAAGCCAACAGCCUAUGUUCGCCCAAUGGAUGGCCAGGACCAGGCACCCAUUGACUCUCCUCAAUUAAAACCACUUCUGGUGGCCCCAGAGGGGUUCAACUGUGCUCAAACGUAUGGUGGAAACUCUGGGAACAUGAAGAAUAAACUGCCAAAACUGAGUCUGAGCCACACUGCGGAGGUCAACCUUCCAAAUGACUCCAGUUGUGUAGAAGAGAUCUUGCGGGAGAUGACUCACUCCUGGCCACCCCCUCUCACAGCCAUUCACACCCCUGGAAAAGCGGAUCAAACCAAGUUCCCCAUUCCGAGCAAGGAGUCGCAGCAUAUGACCUCAAGCUACAACACCCAGAAGCGAUGUACUGUAUCAGCGAGCAAGCCAGCUGCAAAACCACCAACUGCACCACAAAAGUCAAUGCUGGAGGAUGACCUAAAGAUCAGCAGUGAUGAGGAAGAGGCAGAGCAACAGGUAUCCAACAAGCCCAAAGGUAGAGCGACAGCUGUAAGUGGUGCAUCAGGGAGCAGCAGUGAAUCUGAGAGCAGCUCGGAGUCGGAGACCGACGAAUCGGAGAGCAGCUCCAGCGAUAGCGAGUAUAACCAGGCCACUCGCACCAUCUCCCCUGAGCCUGAACCAUCCUCAACUAACAAGUGGCAGCUGGACAGCUGGUUGAACAAGGUCCAAGCUCAAACUAAACCUCUUGUGGCCCCACAGCAAGAUCAUCAUGGCACAGGUUCUGUCACCCAGAGUCAGGAAACGUUCCCACAGCCCAGCGAAGCAGCAGGAGUGGGUGCGUCAGCCAAGACCAAACCCUGUGGGUCCAGCAGCACGGCGCUUCCCACAGUGCCAACAGUGGAGCACAAAGAUUCCAGGGGAACAUUCUGCCCAGGCAGAGAGAAAACGAAGGCCAAACUCACCCAGAAGGCAUCAGGGGAGGGUCAGAGGUCAAAGAUGAGGCUGUCGCCGGGAGUGAUGUCUGGAUCAGAGGUCGCCACACCGAGGAGGACAACUACAGGGAAGAAACAACCCAGACGAACAGAAAGGUUGAACAGUGUGGAGGAUAAUCAGAGUCAGACAUGGAGCAGAUCAAACCAACUAAGUAGCCCUGCAGUGAGGGAAAAGGACAUGUACCCCCCUCCCUCCCUGGAGCAUCAGAACACUUCCAGGCCAAGAACCAAGCCUCCCAGUGGGAAAACAGCUCCCAGGAAAGAACCUCGCACUUCCACCAACUCAAACAACACAGUUGCACAACCAGUAGCACUACAGCAAACCACUGUGCCAAUACCUACUGUCAGUGUAAACCAGGACAAGAAAAAGCACAGAGGCCCGAGUAGCAAAAUCACACCGAAGUCCAGAGAGUUUGUGGAAACAGAUUCUUCCUCCUCCUCUUCGGAAUGCCAGUCGGAUUCAGAGGAAACCAUGAAAAUUUCUGCUUUGCCGCUUCAGUCAACACGUGCCACAAUUAACACACAGCCUCAGUCCAACUCCUACACCCCACCUCGUCCCUGUUUUGGCUCAGCCGGCAGCAUGGGAAGUCUGGAAGUCUUCGGAGGGAAGGGACAUUGUGUCCGAGAUGGCAGCAGUGUGACCACCAAUAUUAAUAGUAGCACUAGUAGCAUUAGUAAUGGUGAUAGUGGAGGUAGUAGUAGCUGUAACACGCUAAGCAUUAUCAACAUAAGUGGUUCAUUCAGUACCUCCGUCCCUGACCCUGGAGGGUUAGGUGGGCCGUACAAGAACCUGGAGUCCAUGUCACCACACUUCAACAUGGGACAAGAUUUUCCUCUUUCCCCACUUACGGAAUACCAGGAGACUCAGAGUCUAUGGGUGAAAAUUGACCUGACCUUGCUUAACAGGGUGCCAUCACAGGGUUUUGGUCAAGUAUCUAAGGUGGUGAUAAAAGAACAAGACGGAAUUGAAAGAAGAGGAUGCGAGAGAGCAGUGGAAAGGGUCGUGGUGGCAGACCGAGAGAGACAAAAACAGGGUGACAGAGAGGGGCAAGGGCUCAGGGAUAGACCAAAGUUACCUAAAGGGGAGCAGCCGAACGAAAAAAAUGAGCCAUUAGUGCACGAAACAGAGAGGCAGUGUGACAGCAAUAGAUUAACAGAGAGGGACAGGCAGGCAGGCAGAGAGGAGAGAGAAAGGUUCAAUUUAGGAGAGAGAGACAAGGUGACAGAAAGAAGAGAGAAGGCAUGUCAGGGGCUCAGGGUCCUGGACAACCCCCCUGUGCAGGACAAGAGUCUCCCAAGGCUGCCCGGGAGGACGGAACGAGGAGAGAGUGGAGGAAAACACAGGAGGCAAGCUAAUGGCGGGAUGGUGGUUCCGACAGAGAAGCGCACCAGCAAGAGCAAGAGAAAACACAAGUUGGACCACAUGGAACCGUGUGGCAACAGCAAUAAGAAGCUACAAUUGGACAAAGACUGUCAGCUCCUUCCACCUUGUAUCUCUCCAAUACACAACCACAAAAACAACUCUAUGGAAUUUCUAAACAGGAAACAGUCCCGGCGGCAAGAUGAGAAGCUCCUUCCUCCGCUACUGUCCCCGCUUUCUGAAGAACCCCCUCAUAAACGUACCUGUGAAAGCAGUUCAUCUCUUAGCCAGGAUGGCGGCGCCACUUCCGUGGUGCCUUGCCCCAUCUCCUCCUCGACACACAAACACAGGAGAGGAGAAAGCAGAUCAUUGUCGCAUGCCAGAAAUCCUGCUACCAGUCUAACAGAUCAUCAUAGCAAGAAGGUUGGUUCCCAUGCCAACGGACAGUCUGACUCAGAUGCGUGGUCAGAACCACUGACAGAACCUGCAGAACCUUCUAGACCAAGACUGUCUUUUAGUGACACUGUCCACAGUGCAGACUACUAUAUGCAGGAGGCCAAAAGGCUAAAGCACAAGGCUGAUGCUUUGAUGGACAAAUUUGGUAAAGCAGUGAAUUACGCAGACGGUGCCCUCUCGUUCAUUGAGUGUGGAAAUGCUAUGGAACGUGAUCCUCUAGAAGCCAAAUCUCCAUACACAAUGUACUCGGAAACUGUGGAGCUAAUCAGGUAUGCCAUGAGGUUGAAGAACUUCACCAGCCACUCGGCCACCAUAGCUGAGAAGAAACUGGCUGUGUUGUGUAACCGCUGUCUGUCUCUGCUGUAUUUGCGGAUGUUCCAUCUGAAGAAAGACCAUGCUGUGAAGUACUCACGUUCGCUGAUGGAGUAUUUCAAGAACUCGGCCAGAAGCUCCCAUCAAGCUCCGUCUCCCUGGAGGACAAAUGGAAAGAUCAACGGGACUCCGUCUCCACUCUCUCUCAGCCUGUCACCGGCCAGCGGCGGCAUUGGGGGAGGAGUAUCAGGAGGUGCACCAAAUUCGUCAGGCAGCAUAGCUAUUCCACAACGUAUCCACCACAUGGCGGCCAGUCACGUCAACCUCACCAACAACAUCCUACGCAGCUACGAACACUGGGAGACGGCUGACAGAUUGGCCACCGGUAGUCAAGAGUUCUUCCAGGAGCUGGACUCGCUGAUGGAGCCGUUAAGUCAGCAGAGCGGCAUGUCCGAGCUGGUCCGUUACAUCAGACAGGGGCUGCACUGGCUCCGCAUUGAGGCUCACCUGCUGUAGGUGCUGGGCCAGAGCCAGCUACAGUAUUACAAAAAAAAAAAAAAAAAAAAAAUCAUAAAAUGGGCCUGGGAGCUAGAACUGGGGUCAUUGAGAUGACACACAUAAUGAUGCUGUAGUCCCCGCUGGGGUCCUUCAAAUGACUGAACACGCAGUCAUAACGUAAUGGCAUUGACGAGGUGGAUUUAUUGGGCAAAAAAAUCAAUCCGCACUUUGGAAAUAACAGUAACUACAUCUUUUGAAUGUGAUUCACCGAGUACAAAUUAGCAUAAUUAAAUUGUCUCUUUGAAGAGACAACAGUUAUCCUCGGAUACGUGUUGUUUCAAAUUCCUCCCUGAAAAGGAAUAUAAGUUACUGUAGAUGUAUUUUAAACAAGAUGGGAUCAUUUUCAAAAGGAAAUGUUCAAGCUGGUUGUGAUUAAAGAGGCUGAUGCUUGGAAGGAAGCUCUAUAGAGGCUCCAGGGACCACGUUGUUUGAUAUUGAUCCAGCUGCCAAAGUACUGGUCCAAUACACCAAUUAGAUAGGCGGCACACAGGUAAAGAGGCUUUCUUGUAAACAUUACAAAUUAUUUAUGAUAAUAAGAAAUGAAGGUUCUUGCGCUCUAAGUUCUCUUGUGGUAAUUUUAUUGCAAAGUCAUCGAAUGUUUCAUUGUGUGAUUGUGUCCUUUUUGUUUAUUUUAUUUUUUUAAUUAAACAAAUAUAGUUGCAUUUUCAGCAACUCAAGUGAACCGUUCUGCUGUACACAGUUAAUUUGAGGCUCUCUUUUGGCACUUUAAUGUUUUACUUACAAUUGUGGAUUACAAUACACUAUUAGAAGUUGACAGUGGUUUUCCAAAUUAGUUUGCUGCCGUCUGAGGGGUUCCGAGAUCGCAUGUUUACAACUUAAUCUGCUGAUUAGUUAUUUUUAAGGCUACCGCCUAUGGAUUAAAUCCUGACUACAAUCAUUACCUGACAAUGCCUCUUUUAAAUUACCUUAUUAUUCCCAACACUUAUAAAUAUAUUUUACAUAAAUUUAAUUGCUUCUGGCGGCACGGUGGCCAACUGGUUAGAGCGUCAGCCUCACAGUUCUGAGGACCGGGGUUCAAUCCCUGGCCCCGCCUGUGUGGAGUUUGCAUGUUCUCCCCGUGCAUGCGUGGGUUUUCUCCGGGCACUCUGGUUUCCUCCCACAUCCCAAAAACAUGCAUGAAAUGGAGACUCUAAAUUGCCCAGAGGUGUGAAUGAGAGUGCAAAUGGUUGUUUGUCUGUAUGUGCCCUGCGAUCGGCUGGCAACCAGUUCAGGGUGUACCCCGCCUCCUGCCCGAUGAUAGCUGGGAUAGGCUCCAGCACGCCCGUGACCCUAGUGAGGACAAGUGGCUCAGAAAAUGGAUGGAUGGAUGAAUUGCUUCUGUAUCAUUUUGAAUGCUGAACGGCUUCAACAUGAACACAUUUGUUGUUGUACUGCUGGAAAAUGAACCAAAUAUCCAAGUUAACAAGUGGCGAUAAUCAGAAUUUACUUGGGACCUUUCUGUCAUUGUUCUAAGAGAAAUAGUUCACCAAAGAAUAAUCAGUCUGCCAAUUUCAGCACACACAAAAUGCUGCCUUUUUGUUAUUUUCUUUAUUUUUUUUCUCAGCCUUACUGGUUAUUUUUUGGGCGGUUGGCUCAGUUCUGGCUCCCAUGGUAACCCACCAACCCAGCAAACUGUCCAAAGUUGCAUAUCAAAUACAAGAUUCCACCUAUCUCACCAACAGACUGUGCAACAAUGGCAACUUUGCACAAACUUGAUCAAAUGAGCGCUGGACAUUUUGGUCGUUUCUCGUGUUGUUGUGUGUGUAUUCGUGUACAGCUGAAUGUGUCAAGUCUUUGAAAAAUGACUGGACAACAGUGAUGUUUGUGCUCCACAAUAUAGAGACUGUGACCCCCUGCAAACAGUGAUGUUGUUGUGUUAUUGUUCUUGUGGUUGUUUGUGUCAGUUCAAAGUGACCGGACGAUUGAAUGAUGUGAAACAAGAUAUUAUAAUAUCUAUAUUCUGUAGUGUGUGUGUGUGUGUGUGUGUAUGUGUGUGUGAGUGAGCGAGAGAAAGAAGAAACGCGUGGGUUUGUUUAUGGUCACAUUCGCACAGCAACAAAUCUGCCAUUUCUUUAUGGCACAUGAAAAGCCAACACUUGUUAUUUGAUUUUAAUCGUAUUUAUUUUUUGUUGCCAUGGUCUCAUCUAGAGUGAGUGUUUCGGUUCUCAAUCAUGUAACCACUGCUGAAUGUGUGUGGAAGACAAUGCGGAUGUGGAAAGAACAUUUGACAAAAAAGAAAAAAAGAAAAAAAAAACUCAAGUGCCUCUAUUCGUGUCCAGUGGGAAUUGCUCUAUUUAUUUAAGAACAAAUACUGAAUCUAAAUGAUUUUCCAUACCAUAUUGGUACAAAUAUGAGAUUGUUUUUUGUAAAAUCAAAUGUUUCCAUGAGCUUUUUACUAGCAUUUACUGUAUGAUGACAUUAGGGUUCGGCUUGAAGGAAAAUAUGUGAUUCAAAGUGUCAAGUUUCCAUUGUUCGUUUUCUUGAUGUUUUGAGGGUUUUGUCUGAAAUGCCUGAUAUGAAAAACGUUGCAUGCAAUAAAUGGUAGCAUCAGACCAACAAGUACUCGUGUCCUAUCUAUGAAAGUGCUCGGAACGUCGGUGGAACAUCAACUAGUCUUACAUAUAUAAAUACAGCGGUGCA